UGCUCGCGCGCUAGGUCUGCUGGCGGGAGGUAAAGGCGGCCUUGGGUGUGUUGUACGCUGGGCUAUUCAUUGCGUGCUGUCCAUGCGUUGCCCAUGUCUCCCAAUUUCAAAUGCCAAGCGAAGGAAAAAUGUCGCAUUGAAUUGAAUGCAUAAAUGGUAAGCAGAACGUCACCAGGUGACAAUGGGACCACGACGGAGGCUGGCCCGCCACCUGAAAUGCGACGACCCCGCUCCCUGCCCAACUCUCGCCGCUGGGAAAACGGCCCGUGGGGAGACGCAGAAGGGAGAGAAGCCGAUGUGCGUCCCGCUGUCUACGUCGUCAGGAAAAUCCUCUGAUGCGGCUCAAAGGACGGCUCCGUUCGAUGUCUCCCCCUCGCCGCUAUCGGCGAAGCUUGACCGGAGUGCCGCCGGCGAGCCGGUGCCCCCCGCGGCCGCCUCGGCCGAGCCGGUGCGCAGGGCGCGCCGACGCCCCGCCAGCGAGCUCUCCCCAGUAACAGCGGCGACGCCGGCCGGCGCGACAGCAAACACGCGCCACCGCAAAACCAGGACGGCGUCGCGGUCUCCCUCUGUCUCGCCAGCUGCCGUGGCAGGCAAAACGGAACUCAAACGAGGAGGGAGACCGGCGCGUUCUCGUUCGCCUUCUCCAGCGGCGUCUGCGAGAAGGGCGUGCGAUCGUAACAGGGUAAACGCAUUACACCCCUCCGCCUCCCCCGCCGUCUCUGCAAGCAAGACUCGGGAGCGACCAACCAGAAAGGUGUCGCAUUCUCCCAUUGUCUCACCUGCUGUCUCCGCCGGUCAAACGCGUGGACGCGCUGACAAAAAGGCGUCACAUUCUCCCCCUGUCGCGUCCGCUGCGUCUGUGAGUAAAGCGCGUGGACGACCAACCAGAAAGGGUCCGUGUUCUCCAUCUACUUCGCCCUCUGCCUCUUCCAGUAAAACACGUGAACGACCAGCCCGAAAGGUACCACGUCCUCCCUCAAGUCCUCCCGCUCCCUCAGCCAGCAAAAAGCGUGGCCGAUCAGCCACACAGCCACCAGAGGCUGGCUCCGACGUGCUGUCGCCCGCCCCAUCCAACACGCGGCCACAUCUGCCGGACGAGUCCGUGGUGACUUCGACCCCGCCUGUGUCCGCGAGAACGGCCGCUCGGCCCGGCAGGAAGGGCCAGGCUGCACAGUGUGCUUCGACGGUGACCGGGCCCAUCCCGUCCGACCCUCCGGAGGGCACCAGCGCGACCGAGCGACGGAAGCGAACAGGCGGGACGAAGGCGGAGGAGCACACCACUCAGAGAAAAAAGCGACGGCUGAAAGGAGGGCUCGGUCGAACUGCGCAGGCCAAAGAAGAUGCCUUCAUCCAGCGGGCUAUCGCCCUGAUCCAGUCGCAGGAGCUGAGCAACAGGACGGGCAGGCGCGGCCGGUCCCGCCGCUGGGCCCGCAGUCGUACCGCGUCGCCGGACGCCGCCACCGUCGACGAGCCCCUCGAGGCGCGGAAGACGGCGCCGGCCGCCGUUGGCUCCACCAGCAAGAUCCGCAGCUCGGCUAUCGUGCUACAGACGGACGAGGAGCUGUGCGUGGGGAUGUACAAGGUGCUGGAGGCGGUGAAGGCGCACGAGGAGGCCUGGCCCUUCCUCGACCCCGUGGAGGAGGAGUACGCGCCCAACUACUACGCCGUCAUUCGGCGGCCCAUGGACCUCAACAAGCUGGAGAGCCGGCUGGACGCGGGCGUCUAUGUCAGCCGGCAGCAGUUCGAGGCAGACUUCAAGCUCAUCGUCGACAACUGCAAGCUGUACAACGGCCUGGAGAAUGAGUACACUGGGAUGGUGGUGAACAUCGAGGGUGCCUUCCACAAGGCGGUGCGCAAGUACCUGGACACGGAAGAGGACGAGGAGGAGAUCUUCAUUGACGUGUCGCAAGUGCCGGUGGUGGCGCGCCGCGCCACACCGCGGCCAGCUGUCGGCGGCACCACCAAGCGUCGUGGUCGCCGGUCUGGCCCGGAGGCAACGGCCGGGCACGGUCGCAAGAAGGUGGCGCCCUUUAUCGACUACAGUGACGACGAGCUGCUGGCUUCGCCGGCUGCCAAGCCGCCGACGCGCGAGGACACGGAACGGCUGUUUGAUGAUCUACUGCGUACGGCGUCCUCGGAGCUAACCGCUGCCGUCACCAACACCACCACCACCAGCAGCAGCAGCAGCAUCACCAGCUCCACCACUAGCACGGUCGUCACCAGUACCAGCACCAUCACCGCCGCCGGCGCCACCACUCCUCUCCCCCCUACGGCGCCGGCCGCGCGCGGACCGGACGUCGCGUCCGAGGCCGACGCGUACACGUUCCGGGAGGAGCCGGACGAGCUGGCAGUGCGGCGGCCGGUGCACCAACCCAACACCCCGCCGGCGCUCCAGUUCUCCGACGAGGACGACGACAGCGACACCGGCUCGCCCAAGAAGGCCAUCGCGCAGGGCCGUAUCUUCGCGGCUAAGAUGCGCCGGCGGAAGCUGGCGGCGGAGGCGGCGGAGGCGGUCCAGCGUCAGGAGAAACCGUGCCCUCUCGGCGUGUCAGAGGCGGCCGCCGCCGGCGGACCGCCCGCUCCGGGCUCGGACAGCGAGGACAGCGGUUCGUGGCCGGACCUGGCUCCCGAGCCGACCGCCCAGAAGCGCGUCGGCCGACCGCGGCCGCUCUUCAGCAGCCGGUGCAUCUCCAAGGAGGAGAGCGCCAAGCUGGGCGAGCUGAUUUCGCGCGUGCGUGAGUCGCGCGGGAGCGGCACCACGCUGUUGGCCAACAGGUCCGGCCUGACCAUGGGCAAGGUGCUGGGCGGUGGCGGCAGCGAGCGCACGGGCGAGGAGGCUUGGGAGGAGAUGGUGGUUCGUCGGCUGAAGGCCGAGCCGCCGGUGGCCGGGUGCCGCGCUGAGGAGGCUGACGAGCCGCUCCGGCUGAUAGCCGAGCCGACCGAGGGCCGAGAGCUGCCCGUGCUCCGCAAAACGGCCACGCCUAACCUGAGCGCCUGGUUCCAUGCGUUCAGCUCGCAGAAGGCGGCGGAGCCAGCGCCGCCGCCGGCUCAGCUGCGCCGCGCCAAGUGGCCUCCGCCGCGCGAAGAGCCUCGCUCGUCGCGGCCGUCGCAGGUGGAGGCGAAGCAGCUGGAUGAGGUGGCUGCGAAGAGAGCGCCAGUCCCUGCUCCAGCGCAGCCGCCGCCGCCGCCGGCCGGUCCGGUAUCUCCGGCGCGGCCGCGCUGGAAACGAGCACCGUCGUCACCGACGCACGCGCUGCAGCCCGAGGUAGACCCCUACGAGUAUGACGACGAAGAGCUGGAGAAGGCGCGGCUGCAGGUUAAGGCGCGCGAGGCGCAGCGACUGGAGUCGUCCGACGGCCGCUCGCCGUUUUAUCUGACGAGCUCUGAGAGCGAGAAGUCGCCGAUGACGCCCGGCGGCGGCAUCGUCUCGCCGGCCGACGCCGUGCAGCGCUCGCCAGCGUUCUCGCCCCAGCAGCCACCUGGCGGUGCCGACGCCAGCAGGCCGGCCUGCGACACCAAGCCCGGCUUCUAUCAGGAUGUGACGGCCAAGACGGCCAGCCCGGACAAGUCGCCGCGCGGCCGGCCCGUGGUGGCACAGUCGGCCCCGCAGGCGGUGGCGCAGCCUGCGACGGCCGGUUCUCUGCUGGGUAACCUAGCGCACCUGUCGCAGCUGGUGACCCGCCUGCCGACGCAACAAGCCCGUGGAAAGACCCCGACCAACGGCGAUCAGCAACAGCAACAGUCGGCCCAGCAGCUGCUGCAGCAGCAGAAGAUUCGGCAGCUCGAGCAACAGGUCAAAUUGAUCGAGCAGAAACAGAAGAUCAACGCCGCGGCCGGCGGUGGGCUCCACCUGAGCGGUCUUAUGGCCGGCGCUGGCUAUGGCGCGCUCGGGCUGGCCUCCGGCUUACAGCCGCACGCACUGGGCGGCGCCGGCUACCCGUACCUGCUGGGUCAGCAGUACUACCGGCAACAGGGUGAACUGCUGCUGCACCACCAGGCCGGCGCCGCCAUGAUGGGUCUGAUGGGCGCCGCCGCCGGCGGCUACCCGCCCGGCUACCCGCAGCUCUCGUCGCUGCGCCAGCCGUUCCAGCCGCCGGGGGUAACGCGCUCGCCUUUCUUUUAG